AAGCGGACAGUGGCGGCGGCGGCUCCGGCGGCUCCGUGCCGGGCUUGACCACCCUUCACCAGGGCCGGGACCCUGCGAGUACUUGCUCCACCCGCUCCUGGUCGUGGCCAGUGCGCAGCCUCCGCGUCCCUUCUGCCCAGUGUGUUUGCUUCCGCAAGACAACGAGGAAAUGGAGGGGUCAAAGACUUCGAGUUCCACCAUGCAGGUGAGCUUUGUGUGCCAGCGUUGCAGUCAACCUCUCAAGCUGGAUACUUCCUUCAACGUCUUGGACAAAGUCACCAUUCAGGAACUCACAGCUCCUUUAGUUACAGUUACUCCUGUAAAACCAGAAGAAGGCAGGGUGGAAGAUGGCUGCUUCCCAGAGGAAACCUGUGUAGAAAACAAACCAGAUGGAGUGUCUAGAAAAUAUAUCCCCCCAGCUCGGAUGUUGUCCACAGAAAGUGCCAAUAGUUUUACACUAAUUGGAGAAGCUUCUGAUGGUGGGACAAUGGAAAAUCUGAGUCGCAGGCUCAAGGUGACCAGUGAUCUGUUUGACAUAAUGUCUGGUCAGACAGAUGUGGACCACCCUCUUUGUGAAGAAUGUACAGAUACGUUGCUGGAUCAAUUGGACCAGCAGCUGAAUGUCACAGAAAACGAAUGCCAGAAUUACAAGAACUGUUUGGAAAUCCUCGAGCAAAUGAGUCAGGAAGAUGAGGAGCAGCUUCUCGAGGAGCUAAAGAAUCUGAACUCUGAGGAAAACCAUCUAAUCCAGGAGCUUGAAAAUGUAGAAGAGAAGAGGAGGAAGGUGGCAAAUGAUUUGGCCAAGGUUAGAGCAGAGACAGACAGACUCAAUCAGGAAGAAGCCCAGUACCAGAGAGAAUAUUCCGAAUUCAAAAGACAGCAACUGGAACUUGACGAUGAGUUGAAGAGUGUUGACAACCAAAUGCGAUAUGCUCAGAUUCAGCUCGACAAACUGAAGAAAACCAAUGUUUUCAAUGCUACCUUCCACAUCUGGCACAGUGGACAGUUUGGCACCAUCAAUAACUUCAGACUGGGGCGUCUGCCAAGUGUUCCUGUUGAGUGGAAUGAAAUUAAUGCAGCUUGGGGCCAGACUGUGUUACUUCUGCAUUCACUGGCCAACAAAAUGGAACUGCGAUUUCAAAGGUAUCGCCUUGUUCCUUACGGCAAUCAUUCGUACCUGGAAUCACUGACAGACAGAACCAAGGAGCUGCCCUUGUAUUGUUCUGGGGGAUUGCGAUUCUUCUGGGAUAAUAAAUUCGAUCACGCCAUGGUGGCUUUUCUGGACUGCGUUCAACAAUUUAAGGAAGAGGUGGAAAGAGGUGACACAGGCUUCUGUUUACCAUACAGGAUGGAUGUGGAGAAAGGAAAGAUUGAAGACACGGGAGGAAGUGGAGGAUCUUAUUCUAUUAAAACUCAAUUCAACUCUGAAGAACAGUGGACUAAAGCACUUAAGUUUAUGCUUACCAAUUUGAAAUGGGGGCUGGCUUGGGUGUCUUCUCAAUUCUACAAUAGAUGAUUGCACACAGGUUCCUUAUUGUAUCCAAAAUGAUUUUUCCUCAUUGUUUCUUGAUUUAGCCCAUUACUGCCUGUAGAAAGCUGUAUGCUUUCCUGGAUGAAUUAUCCACAAAAUCAUCAAUGGGAGAAAUUGGAAGACCAGGCUAUCAGAGUGGGUUUCGCUUUCAUUUCCGGACAUAGUUUAAACCAUUAGAUUUGAAAGAUUCUUCCAUCUGUAGGUUAUCUGUUUUGAACAGAAAAGGUUUAAAUACUUCCAGGCCAGUUACAAGAACGCAAGGCUGCAUCCCAAAGUUGUCUUCAGUUAAUUAAUUGGUCAGUGUGGCUGGUGUGGGACACAAGAAGGAAUGUCACUUGCUGCAGUAGGAUGUAUGCCUGUUCUGAUGCAGGCAUACAAUCAGUCAAGGUAGCUUUACUGCACCCUUCCAGAGAUUACUUAAUGCUGAGACUGAGUGCCUGAAAUAAAAGAUUUAUUCCUUUGCAUUAAAAUCUUUUACAUUGAGCAUGAAAAUGGACGAUAUUUUCGAUUGAAAUGCAGAGAUAGAUCUUUAGGACAUUAUAAUACCGAAUUAACUCGCUGCAUUAAGGCAAUGUGGAUUGGAGAUAAGGCUUGUUUGCUUGAAUUUUACGGACAAUGAUAAUCGUUUUGUGAUACCUUAGUGGGAUGGUAUAAAAUUUUGAUCGAAUUUGGUCAGAUACAGAUGUUUUCCUAUGCCAAUCAACAACUUUUGUGAUAUGGUUUUUAGAUUAUGUUGCAUUGAAUUAAGGCAAAUUUUCACAAGUGAUGUAUGCUUUGGCGUUGAAUCAUAAUGAUAAUAAAUAUUAGGCACUUAAGUUAUCGCGCAACCAGACGUAUAAUGGGUUGGAAAUCUUACAGAGACAAACGUAAUUUGAGAAAUACCAUUGAACAGAAAAGCAAUGUUGUCCCAACACCAUGAGAUAAGAUUAACCCACAUACUUUUCAGAAAUUGUGAACAUAUGACAGUUUUAUUUAUAACAAUUUAAGUUUGGGGUGUUGUGCUGAUGGAUGUAGAACAUACACUGGUGUCUUGGCUGACUGCAGGAUGCAUUAUCAAUUGAGGCAUGAUGACAUCCACAUUAAAGAAUUACAUUUACAGUGUAAUCAUGGCAAGAUUUCUGGAAUCUAUUCUGUAGUGGAAUACUGUAAAAUAGUGUUAAUAGUCUAAUGAUGCAUUGUACCUCUAUGAAAUAAAGGCUUGUCUUUGUAUCCUUA